UAUAGUCCAAUUCGCAGAUUAUUUUAUAUUAAAAGAGUACAACAAACCAGUUGGGUUUUUUUGCCAUUUAUUUAAGUACAUGAACCUAGGUUCAACAAACCCCACCUAAGGGGUGGGUGGAUUAGCUCAGCCUCGUCUUAUGACAAGUUACACUGUUUACUUUCACAAUCACUUUCAGACGAUUGGUGAACCAUGGAGAUCGAUCAGAACAUAACCUACGACUAUGCUGAGUAUAUAUUCUAUGAUUUAAAUGCUGACAAAUUCCAGACCUGCUCCGAAAUCAGUGCAAUGGGCUUCAGCCAAACCUUCCUCCCUACCCUCUACAGCAUCGUCUUCAUCGUGGGCUUCAUUGGCAAUGGCCUGGUUCUGUGUGUCCUGGUUAAGUAUUACAAAACAUCCACCAUGUCAGAUGUGUGUCUCUUCAACCUGGCCCUUUCAGACCUCCUCUUCCUGAUCUCACUGCCUUUCUGGGCUCAUUACGCUGCCGUCUCUGAGUGGACCUUCGGGACCAACAUGUGCCAUGCAGUGACAGCGCUCUACACGCUGGGAUUCUAUGGAAGUAUCUUUUUUAUGAUUAUAAUGACCUUGGACCACUACAUUGUCAUUGUCCACCCCAAUUGCUCUAUCUUCAUUAAGCACCGGUCUGUCAGAGCUAGCAUAGCUGUGGCUUUGUUUAUGUGGGCACUUAGCUUAGGAGCUUCUCUGCCAACCAUCAUUUUCUCCCAAGCAACAAAUGAAACAAAUGGAUGGACAUGCAGAGUGGAAUAUCCAGGAGAAACAGCAUGGAGGCAGUUCUCUUACAUUGAGAUGAACCUACUCGGUUUGAUUAUUCCUCUCUCCGUGAUGGUGUUCUGCUACUCGCGUAUCACCCCCAUCUUAAUGCACAUGAAAUCUCAGAAGAGACACAAAGCUGUUAAGCUCAUCCUGGUCUUGGUCAUUAUCUUCUUUCUCUUCUGGACGCCCUACAACAUUGUCAUCUUUCUGAUGUUCUUGCAUCACUUGGGCUACAUGAACACAUGUCAGUGGGAGCAGGACCUGAACAUGGCUAUGCAGUGGGUGGAAACCAUAGCGUUCAGCCACUGCUGCCUCAACCCCAUCAUCUACGCCUUUGUGGGUCAGAAAUUCAGGAAUUCCAUUUUAAAUAUCUUCAAAGAGUGGGUUUUAGUUUGCUUUGGUCAAUGCUCAACAAAUAACAGUAAGAUCUCAGAAAGGAGCUCGAUGCAUUCACACUCCUCAGUGAUUAACAGCACAAAACUUGUCUAACUUUCAUGCACAUCAGUAUUAAUUAUUAAUCAUAAUUAUUCAUCCAUUGUUAAAUAUUAUUAGGCUAAAAACGUGUUUUCUUGUAAUUUGUUUGCUAUUUUGUGUACAUGCACCUCCAUUUUCAAAAGUUUCUGAGGAUGAGCCCGGGGAAGGAUUUAAAUUCUGAAAUGUACCAACAGAUGGCGCUGCAGCACAAUGCUAAAAAUUUAGAUUUAAAAUAACAGAUGUAAAAAGUAGAUCUGUUCAUCAAUCGUUUAAAUAUGUAACUUUGAAUAUAUACAGUAUUUUAUUGUUGUCUAGAAAAUGUUAGUAAUAUAUGGAGCCACUAAUGGCAUUUUAACAAAAUUCUGUCAUAACGUCACAUAUUAAAAGCAUAAAUGAAUUUAUGCCUGCAGAUAAUAAAGGCUAGUGAAUAAAAGAAGAAGAACAUAGUUAAGUCACUUCAGGUUAUAAGAUAAUACAUUGAGCUGACAAGAAACUAUUCUGAGACCAUGAGUUAAUGAAUUCAGACUAUGACAUCUUCUGGGGUUAAAGAUGCAUCCUGUAAUGUAUUUCUCAACAGACCUUUGAAGACAAAUCUUUGGACGUCACCAUGCGACUGAACCACUCUAAAUCCCAUUUUCCACAAAGGUCUGAUAAGUACAUUUAUUCAUCCCUUGCAAAGCUGUGGCUUAGACCAUUAAAAGCUUCGUACUUUCCCAUUUGGGGUUUGGCCCAUUUAUUGUUGACAGGAAACCUUGAUCAGACUUGUCCUUGAGAAACUUAUCGGAUCUUAACUUUAUAUCACUUUAUAUGACUAUGCCCCAAAUUACCCCUUAUUUUCUGUGAAUACGCACAAGUCAUCACAAGUUAUAUCCGAGUUACACUUUUCACCUUGUUAUAAAAGGUCAGCAUGUUUUUGAUAGUUAUUAUAGCUCAUACUCUGUAAACAGCUAACUUUCUGUUGAAUCCUUUCCUACAAUAAAUCAGUGCAGAAAUGUG